GGCCGCCGGGCCCCAGUGCCCCCCGGACGCAGCGGCGGAGCGACGCCUCCUCACCCGCGACAUGCGACGCUGACCCUGUCUCCCGCCACCCGAGAACCACCGCCGUAUACAUGGACAACUCCUGCCUCCUUGACCUCCUCAUCAGGUGCUUCGCGAUGACCGAGCCCGAGGACCUCAACUUCACGGCGUUCACCGACCUCUGUCGGCUGUGCUCCUUGAAGAGCGGUCCCAGGCUCCACAUCUUCGAUAAGGAGUCUGAGCAGCGCCAGAUCUUGUUUAAGCUCAGGACCUGCCUGCCGACUAUGCAGAUAUCGAAGGACGACUUUCUGCCGAAGAAGAUCUGCGAGCGCUGUGUGACGCGGCUGGAACAGCUGUACGAGUGGCGUCAGAGCUGCCUCAGCACCGACUCCGUGCUGAGGAACUACGCCGAGUCCAUGAAGAUCGUCACCUCUACUAUUAACUUUCAGGAUGGGACGGUUAACAUGGACAAAAUGACGGAAGCUCAAAAAACAGCAUACCUAGAAGCGCACGUUGCCGUCCAACAACAUAUGGCACAAGCAGCAGCCGCUGCACGCCGUGAACAGCAGCAACAGCAACAACAGCAGCAACAACAGCAACAACAACAACAACAGCAGCAGCAGCAGCAACAGCAACAGCAACAGCAACAGCAACAGCAGCAGCAACAGCAACAACAACAGCAGCAGCAACAACAACAGCAGCAGCAACAACAGCAGCAACAACAGCAACAGCAGCAGCAACAACAACAGCAGCAGCAGCAACAACAGCAACAGCAGCAGCAGCAGCAACAACAGCAGCAUCAGCAGCAGCAAAAUAAUAAUAACAAUAACGCAAGACAUCACCAAGAAAUGCAGAAGUCAAGUCAGAUAAUAUUCCCGCAACAAACUCAGAAUGGCAAUGCUCAUCAAGGUCACCCAUCGCCGCCCACAGUUAGCUCGACUCAACAUCACUAUGCCACUAUCAAUUCUCCGAUAAAAGUACCUCAAGUGAGCUCCAGUACUGGUGGUCCAGACAGCACGUUUACCGUACCUGAUGAUGUGGGCAUGGGAUUCGAAGGAGGCGUUCGAGUUCUACAAAGUCUUGGCAAUUGUUCGUUUGAUUUCGCCAGGUCGCCAGAAGUGACGCACAACAUACCGAGGCCAAACUUGAUUCCUUUUACGGAACCUUACGCAGAGGGAGGAUCGAUGCACCCGGGGACUAGAUUAAAAGCGUUACAAACAACUACUGUUAGAAAACAUCCAGCCAUUAAACCUACUAGCUCAACAAGUGAAGGAAGUAAAGCGUUUGAGUGCACAGUUUGCGGCAAAGGCUUAGCUCGUAAAGAUAAGUUGACGAUUCACAUGCGAAUACAUACAGGAGAAAAGCCGUACGUUUGCGAAGUAUGUAACAAAGCGUUCGCCCGCCGAGAUAAACUAGUGCUACAUAUGAACAAACUGAAACACAUAACGCCAUCGAACAUAGCGCCUUUAGGUAAAAGAACCAUCACAAUACCACCGUUAAAGCUAGAUGAUGUGAAGCCACAGCUAACUAAGCAAGAGGACACAAAACCAAGUCAGGCAGAAAUAGCAGCAGCUGCUGCCGCUGCUCAGCAACAGCAACAACAGCAGCAGCAGCAACAACAACAGCAGCAACAGCAACAACAGCAGCAGCAACAACAACAACACUCACACCAACAGCCGAUCCAGGUGUGCCAGGUACCUGGACACAACUUUACGAACACAAACCUGGUGCACACUAGUGCAGCAAGCGCGGCCGUGGCAGCGGCGACUGCUGGCAUGGUGGUGUCCUGGUCCUGCGAACUGUGUGGGAGAUUGUUCGCGACUAGAGACGAGUGGAGUGCCCACGCCAAAUCACACCUACCUGAUACUAAACUGCUACAGGAUAAAAUGCAGCAAGCCACGCAACAUCAGCAACAGGAAAAGGUUCACUUAUCAAACCAGGAGAAGCUACAACUACUCCACCAUCACAAUCAGAAUCAACAGAUUUUGAACGGUCACGGGAUUGCGACGGCAUCCGUGUCCACAGCCACCGUGGUCAACGAAGGGGGAGGCGGGGGAGGAGGAGGGGCGUAUUUCACACAUGGACACACACACUACGCCCCAGAAAGACAACACACACAUGCGCACCAUUUGUGUCUUAUGUGCAGGCAGGAGUUCGCUGGCAAAGCAGAGUUUAUGUUCCAUGUGAGAGGGCACUUCGAGGGCAAAGUGAGCGACAUCGCGGCAGCUGAUGUGUUAGCCCGUUCUUUAGUAGACAAUUCUGGGCUGUGUACCUGAGCCCCGCCAACGCCCCUCAACGCAUUUCACUCUGAUGCAUGUAAUAAGGGCGUCUUCCAAGACGACACUAUCAUGUUGAAGUUCUGAGACGCUAAUUGCGAGACAUUGGUUUCCAAAUGGGGUACAACGUUAAGACAUUGAGACCAGUAUUGAUAAGGUUCGGAAUAAAGUGGUUUUAUCGUUUAUUUUUCAUUUGGCAGUAAUUUUUCAACACAGUUCGCAGUAAACGAGUUUUAGGUAAUAAGGUCAAAAUUACAAAUAUUUUAAUUUGCAAAAUAAAAUGGAAAACGGAUGAAGGUCUGUGGAGUCUCGCAAAACAUUAGCACGCCUUAAUAUUUUUAUAAAAUGCAAUAAAUAAUGAAACAUUUUAUGUAAGUAACAGCAUGUUAAUAUCAAUACAACGAAACAAUAAUAUUGCUUUUUCAGAACUUACAUGAUUGAUUGUUAUCGGAGAAUUUCGUUGGAAAAUGACCUUGCCUUUUUGAAUAGAAGCCUUGUAGAUAUACAAAUGGAUGUGAAUAAUAAUGAUUACAAAUUAAAUACAAAACCGACAAGGUGAUCAAAUGUUAACAAUGAAUAUUCGUAAACUCACAUAUUAUGAAAGGCAAAGUCAAACUCCUUUUCUUCAAAUCUUUCUAGAAUACAAACAAUGGUUUCGUUACAGUUUCAUGCAUAAAAUUGAUUUGUUAGCUUUAAAAAUGUUUUAGAUCUGCUAGCUGUUCAUAUUAAAAUCUUGUAAAUAGGUGAUAAUUAGCUUAAGAUAAUACUGUUAAAUAGAAUCCGAUAACGUCGCUUUAUUUAUUUUUAAUUUAGGAAUUAAGGAAAACCUAACGGGGGAUGAGUGAUUCUAGUCAUUUGAAUCUAGUCUAUGGAACCUAGUCUCUGGAUCCUAGUCAUAGAGUAAGUUUGUGUAUAAAAGUAUUUUUAUAUCGAUGAGUUUAGGAGUAUAAUCGGUACUGUCUGUAGUACCCUAGCACGGAGUGUGUACCUAACUAGUUCGUAGGAGCUUCUACCUGCCAGUAUCUAAUCAAAUGUUGUUUAGAUAUAGUGAGCUUAAUGUUGGAAUAGGUAAUAGGAAUUAAUUACGUGAGGCACUUCCAACAGAUUUGUUUUAUAUAAAUUAUGGAACAGAUGUAAAACUGAUUGAACAGACAACUAACUGAGUGACCUAGAGAGAUAUCCUAAGCUGAAACAUUUGAUAAGAGACCGAGCAGAAUAAAAUCAAAAUCAUUGACGAAAAAAAUACAAUCAACUAAGUCAGAAGAUGCAUUCUGUUGAAAAGAUCUCACAUAAUUAUUUAUAUUUAAUACGAAUUCUUUGAUCAUAACCUUCUUUUCGACACAAAACUAGAACUUAUACCUACAUAAAUUAAGAAUUAACUAUUUCUGUCUCCGAAUUUCAAAUAAACAAUUGUAAAGUAAACUGAUAAUUCCGAUAUUUCAUACAAUUGCAUUUGAAUAGUUAAAUGUUUCACUAGGUCAAGUUGUUAACUCAAAAUGCGUCCUUAAGUAUUUAAAAAAAGUCAUGUACAUUUUUGACGAAAAAGUGAGGUAAAUGAUGACAAACAUAAUUUUAAUCAUUAGACCCAGUAACUUAAAACUACUUUU